GAUAUGCAGGGAAUUUGAAGAAAUUAAGAAACGUGCAUUAAAAGUUCCUGAGACAACAGAGGAAGUGGUAGAAACAAUAGCUUACAUAAAGGAGGUCAAAACCAAAGAUAUUCAAGACCUGAUGUUAAGGAUCAAGGAGUGCUGUCAGCAAAUGAAUUACUUCUUAGGUGGUUUUUUAUUUACUUCUGAAGACAUUGCACUGAAUGCAAUGGUUCUACUGUGGCCAAAGAAGAUUAACGCUGUUUUUGUUGAGCAUGAUGAUCUGAUCAGUCAGUCUAAACUUAAAGGAGAGCAAGAACUAAUACAUAAAUGUGAGAAACUGAUGGUGGAGUUAGACAAGCUGAUGUGUGCAGUGGCAGAGUUGGAAGAAUACUCAGAACUGGAUUGCAUGCAACAGUAUGUUGCUGACCUGACGGUGUUACAGAAACGCAUACAGGAGGCUGAUGAAACAAUAGCUGAUAUUAAUAAAGAAGAGACUCUGCUUCAAAGGGAACAGAGUGACUUCCCAUUCCUCAACAGCUUAAAAGUUGGUAUUGAACCAUAUCAGAAACUCUUUCAUCUUAUACUGAAAUGGCAACAAACAGAAAAAAGAUGGAUGGAUGGUGCCUUUACAGAACUAAAUGGGGAAAGCAUGGAGGCUGAGGUUGAUGAGUUUUUUAGAGAGAUUAACGAAAUGUUAAGACUGUUCCAACAAAAGAAGAAGAAAAUGGAACAGAAACAGAAAGUGACUUCACAAUGCAGAAUUGUAGAAGAGGAGACAGAAGAAAAAACAAAGGAGAAUAUACCCACUGUGACUAUCUUAUGUAACCCUGGCAUGAAAACUCGUCAUUGGCAGCAGAUGUCAAAUAUAGUAGGAUAUGAUAUAACACCAGACUCUGGAACUACUCUGAGAAAAGUUUUAAAGCAGAAUCUAGCCCCUUAUUUGGAACAGUUUGAAGGUAUAAGUGUAGGUGCAAGCAAGGAAUUUUCCUUAGAGAAAGCAAUGCAUGCCAUGAUGGAAACCUGGGAUGCGAUUUACUUCAGUACCAAUGUGUAUUGUGAUACUGGUGUUCAUAUUCUGUCUUCAGUGGAUGACAUUCAAGCUAUUCUUGAUGAUCAGAUUAUGAAAACUCAGACAAUGAGAGGAUCACCUUUCAUUAAACCAUUUGACAAAGAGAUCAGGGCAUGGGAAAAUCGCUUAAUUCAAAUUCAAGAGAUUAUUGAUGAGUGGCUGAAAGUGCAAGCGCAGUGGCUUUAUUUGGAAUCCAUUUUUUCUUCUGAGGAUAUUAUGCAACAGAUGCCAGAAGAGGGACGUCUCUUUCAGACUGUGGAUAGAAACUGGAGGGAUAUUAUGAAGUACUGUGCCAAAGACCCAAAAGUUCUUUUUGCUACUUCCUUCGUAGGAUUAUUGGAGAAGCUUCAGAACUGUAAUGAGCUUCUUGACAAAAUCAUGAAAGGGCUUAAUGCUUAUCUUGAGAAAAAACGUCUCUUCUUUCCCCGCUUCUUUUUCUUGUCUAAUGAUGAAAUGUUGGAGAUCCUCUCAGAGACUAAGGAUCCACUCAGAGUUCAGCCUCACUUGAAGAAGUGUUUUGAAGGCAUUGCUAAGCUACAUUUCCUUCCCAAUCUGGAUAUUCAAGCAAUGUACAGUUCUGAAGGCGAGCAUGUAGAACUGAUUUCAACCAUUUCUACUUCUGAAGCUCAAGGUGCAGUGGAGAAGUGGUUAAUUCAAGUAGAAGAUAUUAUGCUGAAGAGUAUACGUGAUGUUAUUGCUAGAUCAAGAAUGGCGUAUCUAGAAACUGAGAGAAAAAGAUGGGUUCUAGAGUGGCCUGGACAAGUAAUAUUGUGUGUGUCUCAAAUGUUCUGGACAAGUGAGGUACAUGAAGUCCUUUGCAGUGGACCAGAGGGUUUAAAGGAUUAUUAUAAUACACUUCAGCUUCAACUUAAUGAUAUUGUAGAGCUGGUAAGAGGAAAACUGUCAAAGCAAACAAGAACUACACUGGGUGCCUUGGUAACUAUUGAUGUUCAUGCUAGAGAUGUCCUCAUGGAAAUGAUUGAAAGUGGUGUGCAGAGUGAAACAAACUUUCAGUGGCUUGCACAACUACGGUACUAUUGGGAAUUAGAGAACGUUCGUGUCUGCAUCAUUAACUGCAAUGUAAAAUAUGCCUAUGAAUACCUUGGAAACUCACCCCGCCUUGUCAUUACUCCUCUUACAGACAGGUGUUACCGCACCUUGAUUGGAGCCUUUUAUUUAAAUCUUGGUGGUGCCCCAGACGGUCCAGCAGGGACUGGUAAAACAGAGACCACAAAAGAUUUGGCUAAAGCUCUUGCUGUUCAAUGUGUUGUCUUCAACUGCUCUGAUGGCCUCGAUUACCUGGCAAUGGGAAAGUUUUUCAAGGGUUUGGCUUCAUCAGGUGCAUGGGCAUGUUUCGACGAAUUCAAUUGCAUUGAACUGGAAGUACUGUCUGUUGUGGCACAGCAGAUCCUUUGCAUCCAGAGAGCCAUACAGAUAAAGCUAGAAACAUUUGUUUUUGAAGGAACUGAACUGAAGCUUAACCCCAACUGUUUUGUAGCUAUUACUGUGAAUCCAGGUUAUGCAGGACGUUCUGAACUUCCAGAUAAUCUGAAGGUUCUUUUCCGAACAGUAGCCAUGAUGGUUCCAAACUAUGCUCUGAUAGCAGAAAUUUUGCUCUAUUCAUAUGGAUUUGUGAAUGCUAAAUCACUGUCAGUGAAGAUAAUAAUGACCUACAGGCUUUGUUCAGAACAGCUUUCCUCUCAGUAUCACUAUGACUAUGGUAUGCGAGCAGUUAAAGCUGUGCUGGUGGCUGCUGGGAAUCUGAAAUUGAAAUUUCCCAUGGAAGAUGAAGAUAUAUUGAUUCUUAGAUCAAUUAAGGAUGUGAAUGAGUCAAAAUUUUUGUCGCAUGAUAUACCUCUGUUCAUGGGUAUAACUAGUGAUUUAUUUCCUGGAAUCAAACUUCCUGAUGCAGACUACAGUGAUUUUCUGGUAUGUGCCAGCGAAUGCUGUAUUCAACAUAAUGUCCAACCUGUAAAAGUUUUUACAGAGAAAAUGAUACAGACGUAUGAAAUGAUGAUUGUUAGACAUGGCUUAAUGCUGGUAGGGGAACCGUUUUCUGGGAAGACCAAAGUUCUACAUGUUUUGGCAGAUACUCUUUCUCUUAUGAAAAAGCGCGGUUAUGGUGAAGAAGAAAAAGUAAUUUUUAGGACUGUGAAUCCAAAAUCAAUCACUAUGGGUCAGCUUUUUGGGCAGUUUGAUAUGGUAUCCCGUGAGUGGGCAGAUGGUGUAGUUGCAAGUAUUUUCAGAGAAUUUGCAUUAUCUGAGACUCCUGAACACAGAUGGAUUAUCUUUGAUGGCCCAAUUGAUACUCUAUGAAUCGAAAGCAUGAACACAGUUCUGGAUGACAACAAAAAGCUCUGUUUGAUGAGUGGGGAAAUCAUCCAAAUGUCCCAACAGAUGAAUCUUGUUUUUGAAACAAUGGAUCUUUCCCAGGCAUCCCCUGCUACAGUCAGUCGUUGUGGCAUGAUUUAUUUGGAACCUUCUCAGCUGGGCUGGAGGCCAAUUGUUACCUCUUGGUUGAGUAAACUGCCUGAACCUCUUAGCUUAAAGGAACACCAGGAUCUUCUGCAGGGACUUUUUGAUUGGUUAAUACCAUCAGCAUUAAGACUCCAUCAGAAGCAGUGCAAG